AACAACACUGACAGGACAAGCUUAACCAAGAACAGUAAAACAACUUCUUCUCUACUGACUUCAACAGACCUUCCUCAAUUCAGAAAAAGAUGGAAUCCGAGAUGAAAUGCAACUUGAGCGAGAUGUGGAGCUCCAAGAUGCCCAAGGGACUGGACCUGGAGAUCUCCCAUCAUCCAAUGACAAUGAGGCGUGUGGCCAACCUCAUUAUCGCCAUGGAGAGGCUGAAGGCCGGCACAUCAGAGUCAGUGCUGAGCACCGAGUUCAGAGAUGAAAACCUGCUCAACAUCAUGAUGGAGAACAUGGUGGAAGAGCGUGUUAUGUUCGAGUGCUAUUCAGAUCCACCAAGUCAGUUCAGGAGGACAUGCCAGCACCAGUGCAGUGUGACCGACAGCCAGCAGAGACACUUAGUUAGGGACUUAAACAGCAUGGAGCUCACCGCAGUGACGCUGCAAGCCGGCAGUGAAAACCACAAAGUGCAUCUGACCAUGUCGACCUACUUGCCACCUUUACCCAGCACCGAGGCCAAGGCCAGACCUGUGGCUCUGUGCAUUAGAGACACAAAUAUCUACUUGUCAUGCCACAUGGACGGUGACAUGCCAACACUGACCCUGGAGACAGUGGAGGACAAAAGCAGUCUGCUGAGGAUCAGCUCUGACAGCGAUCUGGUGCGAUUCCUGUUCUACACCCAGGUGAGCGGACUGAACGUCACCACUUUCAUGUCUGCCUCUUUCCCUGACUGGUACAUCAGUACAGCAGAGGAAGACAACAAGCCAGUUGAUAUGUGCACGGAGACCGACAACCGCUACAGAACCUUCAACAUCCGGUCAAAGACACCCCUUACUGAAUGUAGACUGGCACCCCGGGGUCAUGAGAGGCGCUCUUAAAGAGAACAUCUUGGUAUUGAACAGAGUGCAAAAUGUACUGUAUUUUAGAUAUUUUGAUUCAGAUAAUCAGCUACAAAGAUGUUAUUUUCUACCACUGUCUGCGAGAAAGACUUCUGCAAGUUUUACAGAGUGCCUAUUUACUGUAUGUACCAAGUACAGAACGUGAAAUGCUAAGUAUAUUGACAUAGUCAAAUAUCACCAAAAGGUGACAUUGUUGUGCUGACUUGUGAGCACCUUGUGUAUUUACAUGACACACUGUUAAUGCUUUUAUCUAUUUAUUCAUUUAUUUAUCUAUUUAUGCACCAUUCAAACAUAUGUAUUUAUUUGGAAAUCUGCUUUCUAACAAUUAUUUAAAUGAUCAUGUUCAACAAAUCUUUAAUAAAGCCUCGUAACUAA